CCUGCUGCCUGUGUUCUGGAGAAGUAUUGUUCUUUUACCAUGGGAAGUGGCGCCUCAACCCAACAUCAUUUUGCUUUCCAGAAUGCAGAGAAAGCCUUCAAGGCAGCGGUCCUGAUCCAGAGGUGGUACCGGCGCUACAUGGCACGCCUGGAGAUGAGGCGCCAGUGCACCUGGAGUAUCUUCCAGUCCAUAGAGUACGCUGGGCAGCAAGACCAGGUCAAGCUCCACGAUUUCUUCAGCUACCUUGUGGAUCACUUCACCCCCAGCAGCCACAAUGAGAAGGACUUCCUGAGCCGCAUGUUCACUGAGGAGAGAGUGCCCCAGGACUCUGAGAUGGAGAAAUGCAGUGACUAUGAAUCCAUAGAGGUGCCAGACAAUUACACGGGGCCACGCCUCUCCUUCCCACUCCUUCCUGACCAUGCAAUGGCCCUGGUAGAAGCCUUCAGGCUGAAACAACAGCUACAUGCUCACUACGUCUUGAAUCUUUUGCAUGAGACCAGAAAACAUCUGGUACAACUGCCAAACAUCAACCGGGUCUCAACCUGUUACAGUGAGGAGAUCACAGUGUGUGGAGAUUUACAUGGCCAAUUGGAUGACUUAAUAUUUAUAUUUUAUAAGAAUGGCCUCCCAUCACCAGAGCGAGCCUAUGUGUUCAACGGUGACUUUGUGGAUCGAGGCAAGGAUUCACUAGAGAUCCUGAUGGUUCUUUUUGCCUUCAUGUUGGUUUACCCCAAAGAGUUCCAUCUUAACCGAGGAAACCACGAGGACUACAUGGUGAAUUUACGAUAUGGCUUCACCAAGGAAGUGAUGCAUAAAUACAAGGUGCAUGGCAAGAAAAUACUAAAAAUACUGCAAGAUGUUUUCUGCUGGCUUCCACUGGCCACUCUGGUUGAUGAGAAAGUCCUGAUUCUUCAUGGUGGGGUGUCAGACACGACGGACCUAGAGCUUUUGUCUAAACUAGACAGGCACAAGAUUGUUUCCACCUUGAGGUGCAAAACAAGAAAAGAGAAUGAGAAGCAGGAGGAGGAGAAGGGAAAAGCCAAGCAGACGAGCUCUGCAGGGAGACCCUCCCCAUGGUUUCUUCCCCAGAGCCACCCUCUCCCCUCUUCACCCAUUUGCCUCAGCUCCCACCAGACACACAAAGCUGGACGCUCCUGCAGCGUCCCCUGCUGUGGCCCUCUGGACCCCAGAGAGCUCUCCCGGCAGGUGAGGCGCUCCGUGGACCUGGAGCUGGAGAGAUGCUGGCAACAAGCUGGCUUCCCGGUGAUCAAGGAGAAGGAGGAGCCCUGGCUCUUCAUGGCAGACGCCGACUCUGAAGCUAGGGAGCUGCUGGAGCCCACUCGGGAGGAGUGGAGGCAGGUCGUAGAUAUACUGUGGAGUGAUCCCAUGGCUCAGGAGGGCUGCAAGGCCAACACUGUUCGAGGAGGAGGCUGUUAUUUUGGGCCAAAUGUGACAAAACAGUUGCUACAGAAAUACAACCUGCAAUUCCUGAUCCGCUCACACGAGUGCAAGCCCGAAGGCUAUGAAUUCUGCCAUGGCCGCAAGGUGUUAACCAUCUUCUCUGCCUCCAACUACUAUGAAGUUGGCAGUAACAGAGGGGCCUACGUCAAACUGGGGCCAGCCCUGACCCCACACAUUGUACAGUAUCAAGCUAACCAGGCAACUCACAGACUGACCAUGAGGCAAAGGAUUAGCCGAGUAGAGGAGUCAGCUCUAAGAGCUCUGCGAAACAAGUUGUUUGCUCAUUCCUCAGAUCUUCUUGAUGAAUUUAAGAAGCAUGAUAAAGAUAAAACUGGUGUAAUCCCCCUGGGGAAAUGGGCCGCAGCCGUGGAGUCCGUGCUGCGCCUAGGACUGCCGUGGCGGGUGCUGAGGCCACAGCUGGUGAACAGCGCGGCAGGUGCCAUGCUGCACUACGAGUCCUGGCUGGAGGACGUGGCCAAAGAACAACCGAAUUACAAGAAUGUACAGUCAAGUUUGCUGGAAACACUGUAUCGAAACCGAUCCAACCUGGAGACCAUUUUUAGGAUCAUAGACAGUGAUCAUUCAGGGUUCAUCUCAGUGGAUGAGUUCAGGCAGACUUGGAAGCUGUUCAGCUCUCAUAUGAAGGUCGACAUCACAGACGACUGUAUCCGUGACCUUGCCCGGAGCAUUGACCUCAACAAGGACGGCCACAUCGACAUCAACGAGUUCCUGGAGGCCUUCCGCCUUGUAGAGCAAUCCUGCUCAGAGGGCAGGGACUCAGACUGCCCUCAGGCCCCGACCGCCACUGGGAGUGGCUCCAGCAGGCCAGGAGCGCACUAG